AAAACCCAAAACAAUAUUCCUCAUGGGUGAUCAUGACUUACCGUUUAAGGCUGAGUAUGCGAAGAGUGGGAGGUCAUCAUGUAAAGCAUGUAAGGGUUCCAUAUCACAGGGAUCAUUGAGACUGGCUGUCAUGGUUCAGUCUCCUGUAUUUGAUGGAAGGAUCCCAAAUUGGUUCCAUCAGAAAUGUUUUUGGAAAAGAGCAAAGGUUGUUACACAUGGUGAUAUUCAUGGAUUUGAUGCUCUUCGAUGGGAAGACCAAGAGAAAAUAAAGGAAAACAUUGGAGGAGGAGGAAGCAGUAAGGGAGGGGACACGACUGAUGCCGGCUCUGCGGGGGAUUUUAGCACAGAAUACGCCAAAAGUGGUAAAAGUAGAUGUAAAGGUUGUGAGGACUUCAUUGGAAAGGAUGAAGUUAGAAUUAGUAAGAAAGACUACGAAAGUCAAAGAGCCAAAAUGUAUGGCCCUGUGGAUCAAUGGUAUCAUGUAGAUUGUUUUGUGGAGAAUCGAAAUGAAUUGGAGUUUGGGAAUAAUUUGGGAGCAAACCAAAUUAAAGGUUUUGAAAGAUUAAAAGAAGAUGAUAAAGCGAUGCUAACAGAAAAACUAGGAAAAGGAAGUAAAGGAACAAAAAGAAAAGGUGAUGCAUCAAAAGAUUCAGGUGGAAAAAAGGCCAAGAAAGAAGAAACAGAAGAGGAGAAACAACUGAAGGAACAAAGUAAGUUACUGUGGAAGAUCCGGGAUGAAUUGGAAAAGUCUGUGUCAAAACAAGCAUUGAAAAUCCUUCUGGAAGUCAACAAACAGACAGUUCCUUCUGGGGAUUCCAAGCUAUUAGAUGUUGUGUCUGAUUGUAUGGCAUUUGGAGCUACAGAGAAAUGUCCUGAGUGCAAAGAGGGUCAGCUUAUUUAUAGUGGACAUGGUUAUAAGUGUACAGGAAAUGUCACAGAAUGGACUAAAUGUAUGUACAUCACAAAGAUACCUAAAAGAAAGGCAUUCAAAGUACCAAAGGAAUACCAUGAUGUAGAAUUCCUUAAAAAACACAAGUAUGUUAAAAGAGACAGAAUUUUCUCAUCAAACACACCAUCAUCUAGUGCCUCUCUAGAUACAGUGGAUUCAGGGUCUAAUAAGCCCCUGGAUGGAAUGAAAUUUGUAAUUGUUGGAAAAACUGUCAAGUCAAAAGAAGACAUAACAAAAGAGAUUUUAGCACUUGGAGGACAUGUUGCUACCAAAGUAGGAGCUGACACUGCAGCCUGUAUAAGUACAAAAGCGGAAGUGGCAAAGAAAUCAAGAAGUAUAAAGGAUGCAGAGAAGGCAAAUGUACAGGUUGUGGAUGAAGGAUUCUUGGAUGCAGUGAAAAAAGGAGGAGCUGUCCUAAUGAUUCAGAGCCAUAAUCUGGUGUCAUGGGGUUCUGAUCCAUCCAGUCGUAUUUCUCUCUCUGGAACAAAAAGUGCCGGGAAAAGCAUGACGAAAAGCCUCAAAGAUGAAAAGAUGUUCACAAAGAGUGUGCCCUCCACAAUGAAGAUGAAGGUCAAGGGAGGCGCAGCAGUGGAUCCUGAUUCAGGACUUGAAGACUCUGCACACAUUGUUCAGAAGAAUGGAGAGAUUUUCAAUGUUGUGUUAGGAUUGGUAGAUGUAGUCAGGGGAACUAACUCUUUCUACAAACUGCAGGCCUUGGAGAAAGACAGUGGAUCAGGCUGGUGGCUCUUUCGGGCAUGGGGCAGGGUUGGCACAACAAUUGGUGGAAACAAAGUGGAGCGAUUUGGAAGUGUUAAUACUUUACUUGAUGCUUUCAAACAACUGUAUGCUGAGAAAACAGGAAAUGAAUGGGAAAAUAGGAAGGAUUUCAAGAAAUAUCCAAACAAGUUCUACCCACUGGACAUUGAUUAUGGACAGGAAGAGGAUGAUACUGUGAAGAAGCUGGAUAAGAGUAGUUCAAUGUCUAAGUUACCCAAAGCUGUACAGGAUUUAGUGUGCUUAAUAUUUGAUGUAGAGAGCAUGAAAAAGACCAUGUUGGAGUUUGAGAUUGAUACAAAGAAAAUGCCACUAGGAAAGCUUUCUAAGAAACAGAUCACCUCAGCAUAUAGUGUGCUCACUGAGUUAACAAAGUUGAUAGAGAAAGGUGGAACAGAGACAAAGUUUUUGGACUGCACAAACAGAUUCUACACAUUGGUACCACAUGACUUUGGCUUGAAGAAACCACCACUUUUGAAUUCAGCUGAAAUUAUUAAGGCAAAAACAGAGAUGUUGGAUAACUUGAUGGAGAUAGAAGUAGCCUAUAGCUUACUGAAGGGAGGGGAUGCUGGGGAGGAUCCCAUUGAUGCUCAUUAUAAGAAACUUAAAACCCAUAUGGAGCCAUUGGAUAAAACCUGUGAGGAGUUCAAGAGGAUUUGUGAAUAUGUCAAAAACACUCAUGCUGCCACCCAUAAUCAGUAUGACUUACAAGUCCAAGAGGUAUUUAAAGUUGAAAGAGAGGAUGAGGCAGAUAGGUAUGCCCCAUUUAAGGACCUGCAUAAUAGACAGCUUCUGUGGCAUGGCUCUCGUACAACCAACUUUGCUGGAAUUCUUUCACAGGGUCUGAGAAUUGCCCCACCAGAAGCACCUGUGACUGGUUACAUGUUUGGUAAAGGUAUCUACUUUGCUGACAUGGUAUCAAAGAGUGCCAAUUACUGUAGGACAACCAAGGCUGACCCCACAGGUAUCCUAUUGCUGUGUGAGGUGGCCCUCGGUAACAUGUAUGAGAGACCACAUGCAGAUUAUAUUGAUAAACUACCAAAAGGGAAGCAUAGCUGUAAAGGCAUGGGUAUGACUUGUCCAGAUCCCAAAGGUGCCUAUACAACACCUGAUGGUGUAGUUAUUCCAAUGGGAAAGGGCAAAAAUAAAGCUGCCAAGACAUAUGCAGCAAUGAAACGGAUGAUAAACUUGAAAGAUUCACGCAUAAAAUAUGAAGAACGGCAGAAAAAGAAAAGGAAAUCCAAAAAGGCAAAUCCACAGAAUAUUACAGAGAGAAAUCUGCCUCAGGCAUCUUCAGCCAUGUUCUUCAAAUACAACACACAGCUGGGACCUCCAUACCAUAUCAUUGUGGACACAAACUUCAUUAACUUCUCUAUCAAAAAUAAACUGGAAAUCAUACAGUCAAUGAUGGAUUGUCUCUAUGCUAAAUGUAUACCCUAUAUAACUGACUGUGUCAUGGGAGAAUUGGAAAAGUUGGGCUCCAAGUAUCGAGUAGCACUAAGGAUAGCAAGAGAUCCAAGGUUUAAAAGGUUGCCAUGUUUACAUAAAGGAACUUAUGCUGAUGACUGUAUUGUCCAGAGAAUCACACAGCAUAAGUGUUAUAUUGUUGCCACAUGUGAUAAGGACUUGAGAAGAAGAAUACGUAAGAUUCCAGGGGUACCUAUCAUGUACUUACAACAACGAAGAUACUCUAUAGAAAGAAUGCCAGAUGCAUUUGGGGCACCCAAAACAUGAUAGAGGCAAG